AUGAAAGCGAUUGAGGAUAUGAUUAGGUUGUAUAAACAAACUAUUUGUGUAAAGUUAUUUAUUAAUAAUUCAUAGAAACUAGUUGUCUAAAUACACUAUUUUAAAUCCAUUUUAAUAAUAAACUAUGACAAAAUUUGCAGCUAUUACUUUCAUUAUAAUUUCUUCGCUAGGCAAUUUAAGCAUUACUGUUAAAAUCAUAGACACAUAUGAUGUAACUCAAGAAGUUAGCGACAGAAUAUUUGCUGUAGUAGAUGAUUUAUUUAUUUCUUUGAAAAUCAACCAAACGCUUAUUCAACCCAAGAAUAGUGAAGAAUACGUGAUUAUGCAGAAUUUUGUGCAAGGCGUGCUUCGCAAAAACUAUGAAAAACAUAAAGAAAUGCACAAUAAUAUUAAAACAAAUAUAAGCGAUGAAAUGGCUGAUCAAAUUACUGGCGUUAACGAAGUCAUUGAUGAAAUGAUAAGAGAAUAUGCUGUUACACAGAAGGACAGCAGUCACAAUGAGAAUAAAGCUUCUCUUCAGCUCGACAACUUCGCAGAUUUAACAAAUCUGACAAAAGGGUAUAAUGUCACAACGAAAACACUCACUCCGAAAGAUUAUACGUUAUGGAACUCCAACUCUAGUCAGGAAGUGGCCCUGGAAAGUCGACGGAUUUUCAAAGGCAGUAGCACCGGCAUAGCACGGUACCCUUUCAUGGUGAGCGUGCACGUAGCGGGGCGCUUCGUGUGCGCCGGCUCGCUGCUGCAUGAGAGCCUGGCACUCAGCGCUGCCUCCUGCCUUAUGCCAACUCGGGACGAUACCAAGCUCGUGGUACAGAUACGCAUCAGUAGUGAUUACGUCACCAAAAUGGGCUACCUAGUGAACAUAGACAGACUUUUCUUCCACCCAGACUUUGACAGCUCUACCCUAGCUAACAACUUGGUUAUUCUCAAAACUCGGAAAGCGUUGCGAUUUCAAAAGAAAAAAGUGGUGGCUGUGAAGUAUGAUAGAUUUGAUCAACUCAGUUUAAUGAAGAAAGUUAAGGAUAUCAUGAUUUUGGGGUGGGGACGAAGGGGUCCGUCAGAAAAAAGUGAAGUAGACGAACGACCGUUAUCUCGAGCCCGCCUAAACAUCUAUGAUUUAGAAGAAUGCAAAUACAUUUACACCAAGGAAUAUGUCUCAGACAAGAAUUUCUGCGCUGGAUUUGUUGAUCGUGGUGAAGGAGCCUGUAAUCAUGACGGCGGCGGGCCUGCGCUGGCGGGCAACCUGCUAACGGGUGUCAUCAGCUUCGGUUCUCCGAAAUGCGGCCGCGUCGACGCGCCCACAGUCUUCACACGCAUCGGCCUUUACGCAGACUGGAUCGAAAGAGUCUUGGAUAGCGUUGCGAUUGCCGACGGUAAACUGGCUAAUCCACAUACAUUUCAAACUCCUAGUUCUAUCGACGUCGGCGUUCCAAGUGCAGAACUUGAUAAGAUGGCAUUAGAACUAGAAAAUCCUCAAGAGGUAUUACAAAGAGAAUUCGGUUUGAAAGACAUACUUAAUGGGCCUAUAGAUAAACAAACAAAUGGGACAAUUAAGCCCUCCAUUAAAGAAAAUGAAUAUUUAGAAAUACCAAAGCAUGAUGCCACUCGUACUAAAAUUACUGAUGUGGAGCAUUCUGAAGUAGAUCAGAUCAGGUUUUCUGAUGAUUCUCAAGAACACUCAACUGUAACACCAGAGCGACCGACACUGUUCGAGGAAAAGGGAGAAGUAGAAGAUGCACAUGACGAAAGUGGCGCUUUUACCAAUUUUAUUGAGACACUUUUUGAAAGCGGUAAAAUUAUCGAAACUGAUGAUCCAGGAAUCAUCAAUUCAGAAGAUAAUGAAAAUAUUGACAUUCCGGAUAUUAAAACAGAUACCACUGCUCGACCUGAAUAUUAUACUGAAAAAGAGUCAUCGACACAACGUUCUGACGUCCCUCGUGAGGUACAAGUUACGCGAAUGCUGAACUGGGAUUUAGGUACCAAUGAUACAUCAAAGGAACCCACAAGGUCGCUUCAAGCGUUUGAUGUUCAAUAUGAAAUAGAUGUUAAACCUAUUUCUAUAAAGAAAACUAAUAGACCGGGUCAUAAUAAACCGAUUAUUAUAUUGUCUAAUAGUGGGACUACUCAACGUAUUAGUAUCAAAAAUACAGACAAAUUAAAUAUAAAACUCACAAAAGGAAUUAAAGACUUAAUAGAACAUAUUAAUGACCUUCCAUUAAAAAAUAAUGGUAAAGUCAAGAAAACUAAUUACGUAGAUAUUACGUAGAUCUACAAAGUGUUAUUGUAAAAUAUAUUGGUGUGUUAGAUAUCUUUCUUUAUAAUUCCAUCUUUAAACUCUGUAUCCCGACGUUAGUUUUUAGUCACUUGACCCUCAUGUUAUUAACAUUCAGACUCUUUUUGCCAGUUUAAUUGUUAUAAAAAAUGCAUCUAAUAACAAUUUGAUCAAUCCUAUCGUUAAUGCUGACGAGAUUGCUUUCAGGUUUAUUGCGGAGUGUGUUACAAGUUGUAUAAAGAUAAUAAAACGAAUAUUGGGAACAACUUUUAUUGUUUUAUAUGAAACAACAAUUCAACAUAAAUUCAAACAAUAUAUCCACUGAGCGUUGUUAAGACAUGUAACAUGUAGUAUAUUAUGAACAUAUAUCACUUUACGUAUCUAUACAAUAUAAUAGGAUUUUCUUAAACUGAACCAAAAGUAAUAUAACUAUUUCAAUGUUACAACAAAUUCAAGUUUGAAAACAUAUUUUUUCUGGAACUCAAGUUUUUCACUGAUUCUAUUCUAAAUUCUCCGGAUGAUAUUGACUAAAAAAAUGACAUAUAAAAAACUAUUCAACGAAAAUCAUAUCCAAAAUAUUGAGAUCUAUAAACCUGGACACCUAGUUACAAUUCUUAGAGAAAUGAAAUGACUAGAGAUAAGACUAGCUUAGCUAACUCAAUGUAAGGAUAGAAUUAGUAGACUACUGUCGCCGAGACUAACCAUUUGUCUACAAAUAUUUCUAUCUGUUUUCUGUAUCUCAUUGGUGUUUUCUAUAUUCUGAUUUGGCAUGAGCCGAUGUGCAAUCUGCAGAGAUAGUUCACCCUCCCUUUGCAUAGAAAG